AAAUUGUUUUUCGUUUUUCCGCUCCCGUCGAAUUUAUAGUGAUACGAGACGUUUCGAAUUGAAUUUUCUCUUGAUGCCAUCGGCAAUCAAAUAUUUUUUACGGAUAUGUGAUCUGAUUUAGAACUAUUUAGUGAAUAUCUUUAAAUUUUGCUAGCAUAAUCGACAAAUGCUUCCAUAGUCACCGUCGGCGUUAUAGGUUAAAAUAAUUUCUAAUGUAACGUAUGGAAAGAGUCAUUGAAAAUAAGACUGUUUUUAAGUGAUUGUAGUGUAGUUUUAUUUCAUACAGAAGUAAUAGUCGCCUGGAAAGAGAAAUGGGUCUGAUCAUAUCUAGAUUUCGACGCAAGAAAACAACGACGGACAUACUCGAAAAUCUCGAAACACAGAUAAAAACCAUCGAGCAAGAUGGCCAGUACAAAGAGGAGACACACAAGCGCGUCAUCGGCUACGUCAUGGCGUAUUCAGUGGCUCUUUACCUGCUGUUCGCUGUGUUGUACUACUUCAUGUAUGCCGGCCGCAGUCAGUACUGGCUGCAUUCGGUACUGCACGCCUCGCCGCUGCUCAUCCUGCCGGUUCUAGUCGUCUUCCUUCGUUCUGGGAUAUCGUGGUACUACAACUGGACGUUGAACAAGAACAGAGCGAAAUUGAAGAAGAUGAGGGAAGAAAAGAAGAAGAUUCUAGAAGAUGUCAUGAACACCGAGACAUAUAAAGUCGCGAAAGAAAUCCUGGAUAAAUUCGGUGGCCCAGACGAGCAGUUGAAAGCGAUCAAACCAUUCCCGCCUCUAUCAGCACCCGGCACCCCCGUGCAGUCACCACAAGUGCGACAGAGGCUGGCUAUACAGAACACUUCCACUCCAAUAUCUAACAACAUGAUAGUGCCCGUCAACUUCCCCAUGGGCGUUGGCAAGGGACCCAGACUUACGUCGGAACAUCUUCCCCGGCCUUUGCCCGACAGAAAUCGGUCGGCCUUGGACAAAGUGGUCGACUACCUCUUGAAAGACGGCCCCAACCACCGCAUGGCGUUAAUUUGUGCCGCGUGCCAUUCGCAUAAUGGUAUGGCGAUGGCGGAAGAGUUCGAGUUCGUGUCAUACGUGUGCGCGUACUGCGGACACAUGAACGCGGCGCGCAAGCAGAAGCCGGCCGCGCCGCCGCUCGCGCCCGUCCGCGCGCUGCCCGCGCCGCGCCUGUCUCUGUCCGGUUGUGAUGAGUCGCCAUCGCCUAGUUCCGGCAGCGACAGCGAAUGCGACAAAGUCGAUGACACUAUUACUGAAAAUGGCGAAUGCAGCCCUAUUCGCCCCCCCUCACCGGUGGAGGAGGAAGCGAAGAGUGAGCAAGAGAAAAAAGAAGACUGACGAGAAAGUUGUUAUUUAUUGAGAUAAAAAUAAUGCUCUGAGAGUGGGUGGUGAAUUUAAACAAGGUGCUUGAUAACUAAUGAUAUUUAACCGCUUUAGCAUUAGACCAUCUGCUAGUUUAGUCAAUCGUCGUCAAAGAGUAUAUUUAUAUGUUUACAAUAUUUUUUUUAUGAAUUUGAACAUUUUGUAUGAUUAAUAUCUCAUAAAUAAAACAAUGAACAGCAUUUGUAUACACAAUUCAUAAAAUUGAGUGGUGCUCAUCCUCAAAUGUGCAUAAAAAAAUAUUCAAAAGCAUUUUGCUGAAUGAAAUUUUUCAUGAUACCCAAUUUUACUGCCAAAAUAUACAAACGAAAUACAUAAUAAUACAUUUAUCUUUAUAACAAUUUUAUUUACUUUUUAUAGACAUGAUCUCAACUUCAAAAAGCUGCAUAAUAUCUAUAUUAUGUGCUUUGGACGUCAUUUAUUUAAAAUGUUUACUUUGGUUGAUGAAAAUUUUAUUGAAUUUUGGUAAUUUUAAAGAAAUGUUUCUAAGAAUGUCAAACACAUACAUUCUUAGAAACAUUUCAUUAAAAUUACUGUUUGCAAAUAACUAACAUAAAUACUCAGGAAAUAGUAAUUAUUAUACUCAAAGUUUCCCAAGAAAUCAUAUCAUCAGAACAAUUUGACAGGUUUCUUAAAUUUUCUGACAACAAUUUUAAUAGUUAUCAAGCACUUCUUUAAAAUUUACCACGCGCUCUUGGUUCAUAAUUGUUAAAGGUAAUUAAUUAUUAAAUUAAUUAAAAGACAAGAUGCAUGUGGAUAAUGGAACAAAAAAAAGGAUAGCCUUACCGCGAAGCAAUAUUUUAAAAAUGUUUACUUAAAAUAUUAAAACCGAUUUUAACCGGGAUAAUAAUUUGAAUUCAAUUUGGAUGUAUUUAUUUUCUUAUAUAAAAGUUUUUAAAUGUAUAAACAAAAUUAUAGGAAUAUCAAGAUUUUACAAUACUUUUGCAUUGAUGUUUUGUAUAGUCGGAAGUGAUAUUUAUGACGUCUCCGAAAUAAAGUUGUACCUCCGCGCAGGUACAUAUUGCCCAGCGCGGGGUGAUGCCAUGCCGCCGCGCCCCUACGUUAUCGGUGAUACCUAAAAUCUUGUAUUGCGCGGCUUGACGCACGAUGUUCCAAAACGUCUUAUUAAUAGGCUAGUUGAGCUUUUUAAAUGAUCAUUAUCAUUCUACUAGAUUAAAUAAAUCAUAUUAUUAUGAAACGUGAAUACAAAAAAAAAUUAAAUUAAAUAAUAUAUUUUUGACAAUACAAGCCAAAAAGCACUCGGCCAUGAUGGUAUAUAUUUUAUCAUUUCAUGACGUCACGUGAACACUAAACUUUAACCAAACGGUUUAGUGUUUGUCAAAUUUAUAAGUUAAUAAUUAGUUUGACGUUUAUUCCUUAAGUACAUGGAAUAACAUUGUGACGUCACAAAGUUGACGACAUCGUUUUGACGUUUGGAAAAAUUUAUAAAAUACAUAAUUUUUAAAUUAAGUUUUCUAUGAAAUCCUUAACUUUUAUUAAUUAAUUCGGACUUCGGACCCUUAUUCCAUGUGCUAUACGAAAUUAAUAUUGUUUAUAUUUUUGAGGGUCAACUACCCUAUUGCAUUCGGCUAAGUAUAUCACUGUACGCGGAGUAAAAUACCAGUGGUGCCAUCUGUUAUUAACGAAAAGUACUAAUGACGAUUAGUGUAUAAUAUGAAAAAAAAAACGAAUAUUUACUACACUUGCAUAUUAAAUUUUAUUACAAUUUAUCGAUUGUAUAUAUAAUUAUUAUAAUAAUUAUAUAUACAAUCGAUAAAUUGUAAUAAUUUAAAUACACAAUCGCGUAGAAACUCGCGAUUUAUCGACUGAAGACCGUGCGCAAUUUGUUGGCCGCGUGUUAAGUACGUAGACAAAGAAGUAAAUAGACAGAUAUAAAACCUUGAUUGCGUUCCCUCAAAAGUCUAAAAUCGAGACAAGGCAAUUAGAUAUUUUGGUGCCAUGACGCGUGCCGUAUUUUUUAGGCACAACGAUGGUCCAUGCAAUAGUUAUCGUAUUGUGAGCACUAAAUAACAGCCUCAAAUUACGCUAAUUAAAAAAUUGCAAAUAACCAGUUACCCUAAAAUAUAUAGUGGUAAAAAUGAUUCAGUGCUAUAUUGCCGUGCCUUGCUUGAUAAAACACUGUAUCUACAAAACAUCAAUUGUUUCAUUAUUUGCGAGAAACAGUAUGUACCUAGCUAUGCAUGUUUUAAUAAUAUUUAAAUGUCAGUAACCACGUGUGAGGAACUCAUUUAUGUGUGUUACCACAAAACACUAUCUGAAGAUACACGGUAAUGUCUUGGCACGACAGUGUAGUAUGAUGGGAUGUCAAAAUCGUAUAUCUUUUGAUUUACAAAGGUACGCCAAUCUGUUGUCUAUGGAUUUCUCUGUCUACGGUUAAGUUUGUGACACUGAGAGCGUUUAAUAAAAUCUCAUAAUCCUAUCCACAAAAUGAUGCAACUAAUCCAUUGACGAUCAACCCAAAAAUAACCGCAGAAUUGACUUAAUAAUUUUAUGCUGAAAACAUUCUAAAUAGUGUUCAUAAGUAAAAAAAAAGGCGGACGUGUUGGUUAUAUUUAAAUAUUUUUGUUAUAAUUAAAAAUAAAACAUUUUAUUACAAAUUUUAAUUGGGUGUUAAAAUUUGAUUAAUGCUGUUUUAUGCGAGUUUCUACUUUACACUGUAAAGUGGCUCUGUGUUAUAUUUUUUUUAAUUUUUGGCCACUUGGAUUUUUAUGAUACAUACAAAAAGCUUUGUUUGCUUAAUUCACACAAUUUACUUGAUCUGUUUUAAAGAUGUUGUCAGAGGUUAUAUAUUCAGGUAAAACUGAAUGUCUUACAUAAUGAUAGUCCAUUCAAAAGACAUUAUUUUCAUUUACCUACCAGAUGGGUAUUUCCUAUCUUUAUCGAUGACGCCCCAUAUGUAUACAAAGCGAUACCAGUUCUUUGAAUACAGAUAAUUUCGAUAUAUUUUACAAUACCGCAGUUUAGCAAAGUAUACAGUUCAGAAAAAGUCAUUGUUUGGCAUUUAAUCGUAUGAUUUUAUAACUAUGGUUCAACUUAUUUUCCGCUUGUUUAGAAUUCAUCGACUAAUCCAUGCGGCAACGCCAGUCAAUUCCAGCAAAAUAGUUCCCAGUGUCCUUGCAUUUGAAUAUUAUUGUAUUCGAUAAUCAAUAUUUGUUGUAUCUCUAGACUCUAGAGGUUGAUAUGGUAUCUUUGUGAAAGUGGUCGUUCUUUUCACAGCCAUAUUUAACAAAGGAAGAGCUAUGGAAAAUAAAUAGUUAUUGCGCUUACCUAGUUUUAAUUGCUCAAAACAACCACAAAGUUCAAAAUACAAUCUAAACAGCAUUUUGUGGUUUUUUAUAUGCUCAUCUGUAGUUUUGUUAGUCUGUGAUUUAUUAUUAUAUAAAAUCCCAUAAAAUUUAUUAUCAAUAAAUAUUUCCUAAUGAGUCUUAAUUAUGACCCCAAGGUUUAGGAAAGCGGUACGGAAAAUCCACGUUUCUGUUAUUGAAUAUCAUUUCUCAGUGUUUUCUAAUGAGUAUUAAUAAGGUCUAAGAUCAUUGUGCAAUUAAACAAUAAUUAUAAACGAAACACGUAAAUGUGCAAAGCAAUAAAAUAAGACGCAUAUUUUUCGCUAUUACCUAACAACUUACGUACUUGAGUUUAUAAUCUAUACUCUAUACUAAUAUUAUAAAGAGGUAAAGUUUGUAAAUUUGUAAGUUUGUCACAUUUUUUAAAUGGGGUAAUCUUCGGAACUACUGGUCCGAUUUUAAAAAUUCUUUCACCAGUAGAAUGCUACAUUAUCGGGGAGUGCUAUAGGCUAUAUUUUAUAUUGGUAUCAUAUAUAUUAGCCGAGUUAUGACAGUUUUGGUCAUACAGGUCGGACUGAAAAUCCUCUUAAACAGACUUAUUCGCAUGCGCUGCCUUAACUAUUGUGUAAAAUUGAAAUUAAUGUAUGGAGGCUUUAUGUAUCUUUAAAAGUUCUACAAAAAAGUCCGCGACACCAUACAUCUAUCUUCUAUAUAUUAGCAGAUAUAGUACCUUUUGUGUUUUAAAAAUUAUUUAUUUUAUAUACUUAGGUUUACGUCAUUAUUUAUACAACUAAACUUUAAUCCUUAUUAAAAUAAAUUAUUUAAUAAUCACAAGGAUAUUAUGGAGAUAAGAUUUGCCCUUUACAGUAUGUUAAUUACUUAAAUAGUUUUGGAGAUAAUACAAAAUUUCUAAAAGUGGUAGGGUAGGGGUAGGAUAGGCGUGAGAUAGGGGUACGGGUGGGAUAGGGGUAGGAAAGGGGUAGGGUACGGGGAGGGUAGGGGUAGGAUGGGGGUAGGGGUAGGAUGAGGGUAGGGUGUAGGUAAGGUAGGGGUAGGGUAGGAGUCGGUUUGGGGUAGGGUAGGGGUAGAGUGGGGGUAGGGGUAUGGUAGGGUAGGGUAGGGGUAGGGUAGGGUAGGGGUAGGGUAGGGGUAGGGUAGAUGUAGGGGUUGGGUAGGGUAGGGGUAGGGUAGGGUAGGGGUAGUAGUAAAGUUGACAUCGAAAUUUACGCGGACGAAGUCGCGGGCGUCCGCUAGUAUAUUUAUAUAUAUAUAGUUUGAUGACUUACGUCAUGGGCCGGUUUUUUUAACUUCCGCAUGCCUUUACAGGGGAGUUAGGGGUGGGGAGGGGGGGGGGGGUGGUUAAUUUAUACUUCCGUUUAAAAAUUGACAAAAUUAAAUUACAAUUUGAUUUUCAAAAAUUCAACAGUGUAAAACGGAGUAGAAACUCUGUUAGACAAAGUCUGAACGAUAAACUUAAAAACUUAUUUAACGAAUGCGGUUUAUUUCUAUCGUGAUAAAGUCCUAUCUACGUCAUUACCAAAAAAAUAAAACCUGCUAUACACCCUCGAACACGGUCAACCAGUUGCGCGGGUCCUUAAACUUUUCAAAAUAUUUUGCAAUUUUUUUUAAUUAUAGUUUUAUAAAGUUCGCGGCUGUUAUAAAUGUAUAAUACAUUUCCGCAAGUAUCCUAAAUUUAGCAAAGGCUGCCACUAUAGUAACUAUUGAGUUAAUUUCCAAUUUUUUUUUUCUUAAAUUCAAAGUUAAUUAAUUUCAAGUAAGCUUAGUUUACAAGCAUUUUUGAAACGUCAGUUGACUAUUUGUCAGAGCAAGUACAUGUACCUACAGUACGGUUUCAUGAAUGCUACCUCGACUAUAAAUAUUCUAUAGAUAAUUAUUACAAAAUAUUUUGAGAAAAUGUCUGGUUAUUUUUGAAUAGACUAUACUGACUAUAUGUUUGAGGCAUACCUAUAGGCCGUCUGCAGUUAAGAAAUUACCUCAAUAUCUCGACAUUUCAACGUCAAACGUAACAAAGUUUCUGUAAUGUUGCGAUAAUACCACUUUGAAGUCGAUUAGAAGAGACUACAUCUAACUUUUGGAAUGACACGUUCGCGGCUGGCACUGGCACCCGACUUGGAAGCGGCGUGUGUUACUGUCAAACUAUUAUUGACAUUGCAUACAUUAAAAUAAAGUCGAAAAUCAUUUAACACGACAACUGAACUAUGUGAUGCGAUAAAAGCAUGCAUGUUAAUUAAUUUGCGUCUUUAUUUCAAAGGUAAUAAAGUCGAUGUUAUAAUUAUUAAUGUGAGGCCUUCUCUGCGUCACUAACACCUGGAAAUGUGUUACAACGCAUAGUUCAACUUACAGGCCGUUUACUAUACCUACUCGUACCAUGUUACUUAACAUUUUUUGUUAGUCUAUGUGUUCAUAUACAAUAAACACUACAUUUAUUGUGUGCCGCAAUUAAAAAAAAAAUCAAAUUGGUGAAAAACAGCUAGGUUUAAUGUCUUCGAUCAAUCACUAUUUAAGUCUCCAAUUUACCCUGACAAUUAUCGAGUUGAGGAGUUACAAGGCGCGCAUAUACACAGCACCUCUCUGUCGUCAUACCCCGCACCCCUGUACAACGCGGGGGAGGACUCACUUCAACUAAUAUAUAUAUAUAUAUAUAUAUAUAAUAAUAUGGGAAUAUUGGUCAUAUUAUAUAAUGAUUUAUUUAUUUUGCUAUCAUCCGCGAAAAUUCGGCGAACCCAUGCGACAACGUCACCCAGGUCCGACAAAAUACUCUCUACGUACGUUUCACCCCGAAACCGGAGCAUCCUCAGGAGAUGUUGACUCUACAACGUGCAAUUGCACGUUGUAGAGUCAACAUCUCUGGGUUCAUGGGUUCGCCGAAUUUUCGCGGAUGAUAGCAAAAUAAAUAAAUCAUUAUAUAAUCAUGAUGAACUUCCGCAAAGUAACGCCUGCUUCUAUCCAAUAUUGGUCAUAUUUCUAAGAUAUGACAAAUUUUCUUCAAAAAAAAAAUGUCGUUUUUUUUUUAAUAAUGAGCUUUACGGCUCUGGGUUCUAGCCCUUUUGAGCCCGUAGUAACUUUGUCAUCACGGUAGUUUAGUUUAUUUUGAAAUGUUAAUCACAAACUCACAAGUUCACGUUCAUUAAUUUUAGACUUUAUUCCGACGCUGGCAAUGUCUAUAAUCGUUUGACAGUAACAAACGCCUCCACGUCGCACCGCGUGGUUUUCGCCGGUUGUUAGUUUACAGUUGUUACUUGUUUUUGGUAUGGUACGUGUUUGGUUAUGGUUUAACAUGCCUAAUUUAAUCGUGCACUGACUAUUUAUGCAUAAUUUAUUUCAGAAUUUGCAAAAAUGCAGCAAGUUGUGGCAUUUUUGUUUCAUUUAUUAAGAGACAUUAAUUUUUGACAUUUAUGUUAAGUAAUUAUUUUUCCGGGCACCUCAAUAUAUUUACGCGUCGUGCCUCUAUAUUGUCUAUAAGUGUUUCGAAUCAUAGACACAUAAAAACAUAAAGCUCAGAAAGUGAGUCAAUUUGUUAUUUACUAUUCACAGAUGGCGCUUUUUUAUGGUUCACAAAAGAUUUUUGCUGUAUUUUUUUUUACAUUUUCUACAAAAUCACAACAUGUAAGUUUAUUUUGUAUUUAAGUACCUAUAUUAUUUUUGUUUUUUGUACAUUUGCUGCAUUUUUAAAAUUCUGACUGAUUAAACUGAUUUUAGUGUAAUAAACUAAUUUAUUCGAGUUGUAAUAAUAAGUUCUUUCGAAUCUUCCCUAGCUCUAGUUUUAGAUGAUAAAAAGUUAAUUUUACUUACAACCUUAUCAGGGCCCGCUACUUAAUUAUUUUGUUAAUGUAAUAUCACACGAAUAAGGAUGACGCUUGAUUUCUUAACAACAAAGAGUAACCUUUUCAUACAUUUAAACAUUUCAUGAUUAUAUUUUUGAAAUUAUAAUAUAAUAGUAUAUUCCAUGAAUGUUUAUGAAUGAAUGAAGUAUAAGCCAGUGACGUAUUAAUUAAAACCGUUUCUGAAAGAACCACGGGAAAGAACUGUCCUUAAAUCCUAAAAGUUCAUGAUUUAAUCUGCUUUAGUUAAUGCCAACACAUCACUGUGUUGGCAUCGACUUCAAAGUUAUCAGAAGGUAGCACAUACGAUGUUAUUUUUCGCUUUUUAGCUUAUUUUUAUGAUUUUGAAGUCUGUUUAAUUUUUUUGUUAAAAAGAUUUUAUUUUUCAAACAUUAAAAAAAACAUACUUACGCGUCGAACCUACUCCUUUUUUUGAAGUCGGUUAAAAUAGUAGUAACGCGGGUUGAAAACAUAUCGUUUCUUUUGUAGACUAAAUUUGUUAUCAUUGAAACUCAGUUUUAACAUCAGUCUCAUUGUUCAUUGUACGAAAAUGCCUGACUCUUGAAACAUGUAAAAAAGUUGAUCAAGCGUAUCCUUAAGGUCCCCGCAUACACAGUAUUCUCAAUAAAGGAUUAGGUCGCUUGUAGUCCCCUAAUGCUGGAGUAAGACUUACACUGUGUAUUACUUUAGAUAACCUAAUUCUAUUUUAUUGACAAUAUUAUCAAAUGUGUGGCUAGCCUAACGUUUAUUUAGCGUAUCCUUAAAUUGCACUUAUGAAAAAAAUCUUAACCAUUGUUUAUUUUCCUUCUCUAGCUUUAAUUUUUAAUUUGCAGUUUUUACAUUAUUCUUUUACACAUAAAACCUAUUAUAAAAAAAAUACUAUUUUAUAGUAUUUUUUGGUUCUGUUUAUCAGAUUUUAUAAAAUACAUAAUUAUUUUAUUUGGUUCCCAAUAUAUUUUAAUAGUUUUCAACAAUAUUUUUUUUAUCGAAAUUAAUAAAAAUUGGUUAUGUAUGUAUACAUUUUACUUGUAACUAUAUUUUGUUUGUUAUACAAAAGGUUCAAACUGAUCUUUUAAUGCAAAAUAUUAUAUCACAUACUCAAAAGCUUUUUCUAGUCAAAUUGUUUAUAAAACACUUUUUACGUGAAAAAUUUUGUGAAAUGCAAAAUGUUAUAGAAACCUAUAGUUUCUUAAUAUUUUGGCCCUACAUUUCUUUCCUCUUACAUUCCUUGUUUGAUAACGAAAUUACAAUUUAUUAUACAACAAUAAUUCCAAAUUCGUGCAACGAUGAAUAGUUUAGAAUUUUUAAUUUUUCAAAAAUUAGGUGACAUCUUUACAUUACAUUUUUUUUUGCUUGACAUUUUUUAUUUAUAUCGUGGAACUGGUUUAGAAAUAAUAAUAAUUUUAGUUACCUUCAGUACUCAGAAAAGUCCAAAAACAUUUUUUCUUAGAUUUUGUUGGACCUGUCUUGCGCCUUCAUUUAAUGUAAAUAAUUUCAUUACUUUUCAAGUUACUUUCUAUAGAACAUAGCCUGACCUGAAAUAUAUUAUUAAAACCCUUUUAAAUAAAAAGGCCUUGUCCGGCAGCGCCAUUGUCAUAUUUUCAUUGCAACCAUUUCAUGCGAAAAAAAAUUAGUUCCAUUUUUUUUUCGCAACAUGGCGAGGCUUUAUAGUAUUCUGGUUUGGCUAUUACAAAAUACGAGUAUAGCGUUCAGACAUUGUUAAAUCUCAAUGCUAUACUCAUUUCUAUGUAGUUUUAAUGUGUAAUUCGGAAUGUCUUGAAUUUUUUACAAUGUGUGUAUUUAAAAUAUGAUUAUUAAUUCCAGCCACUAAAAUGACAAGUGCAAAUGUCACUGAAAUGUCAUUUUACUAACUGGAAUUAAUAAUCAUAUUUUAGGAUGAGUGAUAAAUGUAAUUUUCUUGAAAGUAAUGAAAUUUUAAUUGGACGAAUGUGGCGGAAUCUGUCAUUGAGUAUAAAAAAAACUUGAUUUUUUUUCCCUAAGAAUCCUCAGCUGUAAGUAACGAGUCAAGUGGAAAGUGUUAUGGAAUUCGUUAUUUAUUGCUUGUGUCGUUGGUUAGCUGUUUUUUAAAGGAACUAAUAUAUAAGUACCUAGUU